CUCCCCCCCCCGUUUGUGACCCCCCCCCCCCGCCAUGGUCCGCCCCACCGCCCUCCUCAGAAAUGCGGCCAAGCCAAAGCCCAUGUCCGCAGACCACACAAAGUACCACGUCGCCCCCACCGGCUUCUGGAAAAAGUUUAGGGACUCUGUCGUCGUAAACCCCGAAAUCUCGUCUGGUCUUCCCAUCCCUACCGAAAACCGGUACCCCCAACCCGCUUCUCGACCAGAGACAUACGCGACACCUGCCACCAAGGCCAGCGACCCUGCCUUCAACCCUUACUGGAAGCGUGACGCUCGCCGCGCUUACCCCCAGACCUCGGUCAUCACCCAGUCCCACCUCUCCACCCUCCUCCUCUCCUCCCCCGCCCUCGCUUCCCUCCCUUCCCCCGAAACAGCCGUCGAGACCAAGUGGGAAUCGUCGGGUAUCGCCCCCCAAUCCCCACCUUCGGACGCCCAGCAAGUCGUCCCUGCAACCAAGGUGCCCGCCCUGGCAGACGUUUUGCAAAAGCUGCCUCAAGGCAAGGCGUAUCUGGGUGGAGGUCUCACGACUGGCCAAGGGGAAGGGUUGCCCCCCGUUCCCCCGCCGGCUCUGAUUAGUAAGAAGUGGGUGCCAAGGGCCGGCGAGCCGGUGCCGCAUGGGAAAUUUGAUUACUUCCCCAUGUACACUGUCGCUUAGUUUUUAGGUGGUUUGGAAAAGGCGGUUAGAAGUUGUGAUGCACGAUAGAUAAUUGGCCUACCAAACGGAUUUUCCAAAGCUGGUCAAUAGUCUAGAGGCAGAAAUACCAAGUGUUACAAAUGAUGCUAAUAUAUGAUCCGACUUGAUUC